GUAUUAUCCUCCUAGUCUUUGAUAUUUUUGGUUGGAGGGAAACAAAUUGUUUCAGAUGACAUUACAAAAACGUUAGUGGUUCAGAUUUCAGAGUGUAUGUUUUACACAAUUGACAAGAUUCUCAUUUCUUAAAUAUGCCUGGUUGGAUCGUAUGCUCUAAUGGGUUCCACACAAGUUGUCUACUUUCCAACUCUUUCUAUUUAUAUGUGACUUUUGCCCAUUUGGGAUUUAUGGGAGAUUGAGUUUUUUACCUGAAGACAUUGGGAAAAAGAAGAAGAAGAGAAUUUUCUGGCCAUGGAUGAAAAUUCUGUUGAAAGGCCUCUUCUUUUGAGCAGAGGCGCUGAGAGAGUGAAGAAGACACCUCUCUUUGUAUCAUGGGCCAAGUGGAUUCUCAAGUUUGUAAUAUGGGUUAUUUUCCUUGCAUGGGCUGCCCUUAUUUUCUUCAUCCCAGCACAGAUUGUCAAUGAAGCUUUUGAGAAAUGGGCUCAACUCACCAGUGGCACUGUUUUUGGGAUUACAGGAAGCAUAUUUUUGGUGUUCAGUGGUCCGGUUCUUAUUAUUGCAUUCCUUUCAAUAGCUUAUCUCCUCAUCUCUGGGGAAGAGGAGCUCCACGAGAGGAAGGCCUCAACAAAACCAAGAUUCCGCUUGUGGACUUUCCCUGUUCUUGUGGAUGGCCCAUUUGGGGUUGUUUCUGCUACCGAGCUGAUUGGAAUUGUCCUCUUUGUUGUGUAUGUUAUCUGGGCUGUGUAUGCAUAUACCACACAGAUACUCAGCGUUAUAUCUCAGUCCCAGUUGACUUUAAAACAGAAGAGUUGUUUCAUUUUGGAAUAUCUGGGACUUCGCUUUGGUACCAUUGGAUUAUAUUGCUUGGCAUUUUUGUUUCUUCCGGUUGCAAGGGGAUCGGUUCUUCUCCGCCUUAUAGAUAUCCCUUUUGAGCAUGCAACAAGAUAUCAUGUGUGGCUUGGACAUCUCACUAUGGAGCUGUUUACUCUCCAUGGACUAUUCUAUAUAAUUGCAUGGACAAUUGAGGGCGACCUUCUACAAGAAAUAUUGGAGUGGAAAGAUAUUGGUGUUGCCAAUCUCGCAGGAGUUAUAAGUCUGGCAGCUGGUCUAUUGAUGUGGAUGACAUCACUUCAUCCAGUGAGAAAGCAAAAAUUUGAGUUGUUCUUCUACACUCAUCAACUAUAUGUAAUCUUUGUUGUCUUUUUAGCUUUGCAUGUUGGGGAUUUCGUUUUCAGUAUAGCUGCUGGAGGAAUAUUUCUUUUCAUUCUUGACCGCUUUCUGAGAUUUUGCCAAUCACGAAGGACUGUUGAUAUAAUUUCAGCCAAGUGCCUGCCUUGUGGAACUGUGGAAUUGAUGCUUUCAAAACCUGGAAAUCUACGUUACAAUGCCCUCAGUUUUAUUUUCCUUCAAGUUCGAGAAUUAUCUUGGCUGCAGUGGCAUCCUUUCAGUGUUUCAUCUAGUCCUCUGGAUGGUAAAUAUCAUCUAUCCGUUCUCAUAAAGGUUCUUGGGGAAUGGACAGAAAAGCUCAGAGGAAAUAUUAUGAAUAGUUCUGAAGCUGAUCUACAUCUCCAGCCUCAGACAAAGAUAAUAGCUUCUGUUGAGGGGCCUUAUGGGCAUGAAUUACCAUAUCACUUGAUGUAUGAAAACCUUAUUUUAGUAGCAGGUGGCAUAGGAAUUUCACCAUUUUUGGCAAUCUUGAGUGACAUUCUCCAUCGUACUCGAGAAGGAAAACCUUGUUUGCCUCGAAAUAUCUUGAUUGUUUGGGCUGUGAAAAGAUCAAACGAGCUUCCUCUUCUUUCUACCAAUGAUAUGGAAUCAAUCUGUCCAUUUUUCUCAGAUAAACUAAAUCUUGAGAUUCGUAUUUUUGUCACUCGAGAAUCUCAACCUCUACUGGAAGAGGGUCAAGUACACGAGGCUACGAACUCUUCUCCUCCUAUAUCUGAUAGUAGUAGCAUGUCAGUUUUGGUUGGUACUGGAAAUAAUAUAUGGUCUGGACUAUAUGUUAUCUCAUCUACACUAGGCUUUGUUAUCAUAAUAUAUUUAUUGGAUAUUUUUUACAUAAACCCCUAUGACAUAUCUUCAUGGUGGUACAAAGGGCUUCUCUUUGUAAUCUGCAUGCUUGCAAGUGUCUUUAUCUUUGGGGGUAUCGUGGUUGGUUUAUGGCAUCUUUGGGAAAGACAAAAUGUAGCAAAGGAGGCAUGCAAGGAUGAUAGGAUUAUGGUUGAGAAGAUGCAGAAUAAUGAAAUUGUAGCUCAUAAGGAUUCAUGUCAGCAAAAACUUGCGAGUUUAACCAAUUCGUACUAUGGUUCAAGACCGGACUUCAAAGGUAUUUUUGGGGAUAUAUCAGAGAAAUGGGGCUGCGUUGAUGUUGGUGUCAUUGUGUGUGGUCCUCCAACUCUUCAGACAAGUGUUGCUAAAGAAAUCAGGUCACACAAUAUCAGGAGACAAUGCUAUCAUCCAAUCUUCCAUUUCAACAGCCAUAGUUUCGAUCUGUAGGCACCGCCUUCAUCAUCUCAUAUUUCCUUUAAUGUAAUCAGUUAGCUUAGAAGCUAAAUAAGCUCUAUUGAAUUGUAUAUAUAUUCAUAUAAAACAUACAUAAAAAUAUAUGUAUAUGUAUAUGUUUUUAUAUAUAACUACGUAUAUAUGCUUUUCUUUA